ACGUGAAUGAUUUGACCGAUUCGAGUCGAGUUUGUGCCACAGACCCGCCAACAGCUCUCAGAAUCGCUAAAACUAAUCUUUGAGGAUCGCGUCGACACUUGAGACUGCACUUCGUGUUCAAUUCCAAUCAGUCCGAAUCAUGAGGGAGAUUGUUCAUCUUCAGGCUGGCCAGUGCGGCAAUCAAAUUGGAGCCAAGUUCUGGGAGGUAAUUUCCGAGGAGCACGGCAUCGAUCAGACUGGCAUUUAUCACGGUGACAGUGAUCUUCAGUUGGAGAGGAUUUCUGUCUACUACAAUGAGGCAUCCGUCGCAACAGCCACCAACGGGGGUAAAUACGUUCCCCGGGCGAUUCUCCUGGACCUGGAGCCGGGUACGAUGGACGCAGUUCGUUCAGGAGCAUAUGGCAAGCUCUUCCGCCCCGACAACUUUGUAUUUGGUCAGUCAGGAGCCGGCAACAACUGGGCAAAGGGCCACUACACCGAGGGCGCCGAGCUAGUCGACUCAGUUCUCGAUGUCGUUCGCAAGGAGUGUGAAAAUUGCGACUGCCUCCAGGGCUUCCAGCUGACCCACUCCCUCGGUGGUGGCACUGGCUCAGGAAUGGGGACCCUCCUCAUCUCCAAGAUCCGGGAGGAGUAUCCAGACAGAAUAAUGAAUACCUACUCAGUGAUGCCUUCUCCCAAAGUAUCCGACACGGUGGUGGAGCCCUACAACGCGACCCUGUCGGUCCAUCAAUUAGUCGAAAACACCGACGAGACCUACUGCAUCGAUAACGAGGCCCUCUACGACAUCUGCUUCCGCACCCUGAAAGUGGCGAAUCCCUCCUACGGGGACUUGAAUCACCUCGUGUCCCUCACCAUGUCCGGGGUGACCACGUGCCUGAGAUUUCCCGGACAACUCAACGCUGAUCUUCGUAAAUUGGCAGUGAAUAUGGUGCCGUUUCCUCGUCUCCACUUCUUCAUGCCCGGUUUUGCACCCCUGACGUCGCGCUCCAUGCAGCAGUACUCAGCCUUAUCAGUUCCCGAGCUCACCCAGCAGAUGUUCGACGCCAAGAACAUGAUGGCAGCCUGUGAUCCACGUCACGGCAGAUAUCUCACCGUUGCCGCUGUCUUCCGGGGGCGAAUGUCGAUGAAGGAAGUUGACGAGCAGAUGCUCAGUGUUCAGAACAAGAACAGUUCGUACUUCGUCGAGUGGAUUCCGAACAAUGUUAAGACAGCGUGCUGCGAUAUUCCACCGAAGGGCCUGAAGAUGUCGUCUACUUUCAUCGGAAAUACCACAGCCAUUCAGGAGUUGUUCAAACGCAUCUCCGAACAGUUCACAGCUAUGUUCAGGAGAAAGGCUUUCUUGCAUUGGUAUACUGGUGAGGGUAUGGAUGAGAUGGAGUUCACUGAGGCUGAGUCCAACAUGAAUGAUCUGGUGUCUGAGUAUCAGCAGUACCAGGAGGCCACUGCUGAGGAGGACUUCGAGGCUGAGGAGGGAGCUGAUGAUUUUGAGACUUGCGAACAGGAGUGAAGAGAGACUGAUUUCUACUUUAUUUAAUGAUAUUCUAGGUCACUUGGUCAUUUUUUAAAUUGUUUUUUUGUCAUUUUUCUAAUUAGAUGUUUUAUCGUUUCACUGGGCAGACUCCUGUGUGGAGUUUUCAUACUUUUUAUAAGAAUGCCGAUGAUUUUUGAUCAUUAGAAAUGGAUCUUUGGGGGAAGUUUGAGUGAUAGAGAUGUGUGUGAUACAGCUGAUUACCAAGGAGACAGUUAUGAUAUUUCUUACGGUUAAAAUAUUUCGAGUUAUGUGGUACAUUAUGUUUAAUUUGUACUCUGCACCAAAGUUUUUGAUGAAUAAAAUUGCACAUUGAAUUGUA